AUGUCGGCGUACACGACCAACACUGGUGGCGGAGAGACGGAGAAGAUCAACACCAACAUCGUGACCCUCACCCGGUUCCUCACGGAAGAGCAGGCGAAACACAAGGAGGCCACCGGAGAUUUCACCCUUCUCUGCCACGCCCUGCAAUUUUCCUUUAAGUCCAUCGCCUACUACAUUCGCCGCGCCACCCUCGUCAACCUGACCGGCCUGGCUGGAUCCUCCAACACAACAGGCGAUGAUCAAAAGAAGCUGGAUGUCAUCUCCAAUGACCUCUUCAUCGAGGCCAUGAGGUCCUCGGGCAAGUGCGCCCUGCUCGUGUCUGAGGAAGAGGAGGAAGUCAUCUUCUUCCGAGAUGCCACUGGUGCCCGCUACGCCGUGGCCUGUGAUCCCAUUGACGGCAGCUCCAACCUAGAUGCUGGUGUGUCUGUCGGCACCAUCUUUGCCAUCCACAAGCUGCCCGAUGGCUCCUCCGGAACCAAGGAGGACAUCCUCAAGCCCGGCACCGAGCUGCUGGCCGCCGGUUUCACUAUGUACGGCGCCUCAGCCCAACUGGUCAUCACCAUGAAGGGAGGCAGCGUCAACGGGUUCACCCUCGACAACGGUGUCGGCGAGUUCAUCUUGACCCACCCCGACAUGCGCCUGCCCAAGUCCCGGGCGAUCUACUCCGUCAACGAGGGUAACUCGCUCUACUGGGAGGACAAGACGAAGAACUACUUCAACUCGCUCAAGGAGCUGCAGGACAAUGGCAAGCCCUACAGCGCCAGGUACAUCGGCAGCAUGGUCGCUGAUGCGUACCGUACCCUGCUGUAUGGCGGUGUCUUUGCUUACCCCGCCGACAAGAAGAGCCCCAAAGGCAAGCUCCGUAUCCUCUACGAGUGCGCACCCAUGGCGCUGAUCUUUGAGAAUGCCGGUGGCCAAGCCGUCGACAGCAACAUGACCCGCCUGCUGGAGCUCGUUCCGGAGCACAUUCACGACAGGGCGGGUAUCUUCAUGGGUAGUUAUGAUGAAGUUGAGAAGAUCAAGGCAUUCCACAGCUAA